AUGCUACAACAUCGAAUGUUAUCAAAAGACGAAGAAGCCGCAACCGGCUCUGAGGAUACAGAAGUCCGUCGCGAAGAUCAGGACAGAAUCAAUCGGUUUAGUAGACUGCAUCAACGAGAGACCGUGCUUGAGGAGAGGUUGAAAGCGAAGCAAAAAGAUAAAGAAGACCUCGAAGAAGUCUCGACUGAAUUAGAACUAGCGGAUGAAGACGAAUUAGUUCCAUACAAAAUAGGAGACUCAUUCGUGCAUCUCCCCCUCGAGCAAGCACAGUCCCUUUUGUCCACAUCCACAGACGAAAUCGACAAUGAAGUCUCUCGUUUAGAGGAUCAAUUGGGCGAAAUACGCGAGGAGUUGAGCGGUCUGAAAGCUGCGCUUUAUGCGCGGUUUGGAAAGGCUAUUAAUUUGGAUGUUUGA